AUGCCAAGUACAGCAGACGCCCUCUCAAGAGCACCAGUAGCAUCCCCAAAGCCAAAGGACAUUGAGCUAAACAAACUGACCGAAGCUUUUGCAUCUUCAUCUACCCUCACCUUACCUGCAACAGACCAGGGACUGGAGGAGAUUAGAGACGCACAGAGACUUGAUAAAGAAUGUGUGUUAUCAGAGAAAUUUGCAGGACAACUGCAAGGUGCAUCAAGUUCACAGACACCGCAAACAUCAAAUCGAAGUACAGGUGAAACUCUCGAGAACAUUUCAGGUAGACAGGAAGACUUUGACGAAAAGCUGACCACUGUUGCUCAAAAAGUUGGCAAGCGUGAUGAGAUAGAUAAACUCGGGAAGGCUCUUGGCUUCGAGCCAGAUGAUAUCCAACGUUAUGUCGACACAAACAUGAAGAAUCCAGAUGUAUCAUACAUGGGUACACUAUCAAUGCUCCGAUACUGGAGAAAGAAGCAAACCAGGGCCAUAGAGUGCAAAGCCCUAAAGGGUGUUCUAAGGAAGGCUGGUCAAAUUCAUCUCGCUGAUGAGCUAUUUGGUACUUAAAGGAACAGUUGAGUUCUUGUUUAAGACUGCAAAUGCCUUCAG